AUGUCGGCGGCACCCGAGAGCAACCCGAUCCAAUCGGGUGGUGAAAGCUCGGCCUCCAACGGCACUACCCCAGCACCAUCAACAGCUACAACCGCAACUUCGCAAUCUAGCGCCCCGGCCCAAGAUGACUCCCUUCAAUGUCGCUGGACUGGUUGCAGCGAUAAGUUUGGCUCAGCCGAAACUCUCUACGAGCACAUUUGCGAAAAGCAUGUUGGUCGCAAAUCUACAAAUAAUCUUAACUUGACUUGCCAGUGGAAUCAGUGCAAGACUACCACUGUCAAGCGAGAUCAUAUCACAUCACAUAUCCGAGUCCAUGUUCCCUUGAAGCCACACAAAUGUGACUUCUGUGGCAAGUCAUUCAAGCGUCCCCAGGAUUUAAAGAAACAUGUUAAGACACAUGCGGACGAUUCUGUCCUUGCCCGCUCACCAGACCAGCAUGGUCCAAUGAACGGAGGUUAUCGAGCUCCAGGAAAAGCUCCGUCUAGCUAUUACGAUCACAAUGGUCAAAUCCGUACUAACUCGGCCGCCUUUGGUCAGCCGCCUCAUCCUGCCGGCCAUCCAAGUAGUUACUAUCAGCACCACCCUCAAACCUCCUUUGGAGGUCCCAUGUAUUACCAACCCAUGGGCGGUCGCGGUGAUCACAUGGGCUACCAGGCCUCUGCCGCCGAAUAUGACAAUCGCAAACGUACCUACGAUGUGCUUAAUGAGUUUUUCGGCGAUGCCAAGCGUAGGCACCUUGACCCGAACUCGUACGCUCAGGUUGGACAGAGACUCUUGCCCUUACACGGAGUCCUCCCUAUUCAUUCCGGUUCCCUCGGAGCAGAGUAUCUCCCUAGUCCAGGUGUCAUGACUGUCGAUGGACCCGCUGGCCAUGGUCCGUACCAACAGCACUAUUCGUUACCCCCUAUGCCGAACGUCCGCACUAAGAGCGACCUCGUUCAGAUCGACCAGCUCCUCGAGCAGAUGCAGAGUACGGUGUAUGAAAGCUCUAACACUGCCGCCGCCGCCGGAGUCCACCAACCCGGUUCGCACUACCUCCCCUUGAACUUCCGUCACAGCCAGUCCCCGCCGCACUCUGCAGUGCCGCACCAGUCCGCCAUGGCCAAUAAUGCGUACUCGGCCGCUCACGUAGCUUCGCCUUUGACCGCCGUUUCUUCGACCCAUUCCAACGGCACUCCUGCCGUGACGCCCCCGUCGAGUUCCAUGUCCUAUACUUCCGGACAUUCCCCUAGUGCCUCUUCUACCGGUCUAUCGCCCUCAACGCGCCAUAGCUCGACCACAUCGGCGUUAUACCCGACUCUUCCUGCCGUCACAUCCGGCUACCCCGGCCAAUCUGCAACAUCAACCCUCGGUCCCACAUUUGACCCCGAUCCUCGCCGCCGUUACUCGGGCGGCAUGUUGCAGCGUGCCAGCGCCGGUACCAGACCUCACCUCGACCGCGAGCCCUCUACCACCCCUCGCGCGUCCGAGUCCGCUAUCUCGGCCGUCAGCUCGCCUUCCGCAGAAUCAGAAGCCAGCGCCGAGGCCCGCGAGGAUCAGGCCUACGAGGCGUGGCUCGAGAACGUCCGCGUCAUCGAGUACCUCCGCGAGUACGUCAUCGAUCGCAUCAAGCGCAAGGACUACGACGCUGAGUCGCCCGCAUCGGCUGCGUCAGGCGGAAGCGAGAUGGAUGUCGACUCGCCUACGAGACCGCCAAGUCAGCCGGCGUAUCCCGCGCUACCGUUGUAG